AUGCGCCGAAAACGUUGUCUUCAAUGCGGUCGUUUAUUCCACUCCUUACGACAUCAUUUCCUGCAUUGCUCUGUUUCUAAUCAAUCUACAACAUCGUCGAGAAUCCCCCAUGGGACUAAUCUACAUCAAGAGACAUUACAGGAAUGUAAUGUCCCCGUGCCGCCUCCGGUUGUUACAUCCGUUUCCGUUGCUGACAUCAAUAGCUACUUGUCUCCGUUUUCAAGUUCUACUCUCCACAUUGACUCUCAACAAUAUUACCAACUAUCUUCUACGUCUUUGGAUCAUAACUAUCCUGUUUCUGAAGCAAAAUGUGUCACCUCAUCCGUCACUGCUAAUUACGCGACAACAGAUACCAUCACCACAAACCACAACACUGCUGAUAAGGCGACACCUACAAUAACCUCGCAUGGUGACAUCGCUACGCAGCCUGGAUCUGCUUCUCCACCGUCUGGAUCUUCUUCUACCCUUCCUCCUAACCUCAAUCUUACAACGACUAUCACGUCGCAAUUAACGCCUACUGUACCGUCAUGUACUACUGGUAGGUGUGAAACUAUUAUAUCUGCUGAUAAGUCAACAUCAGAAACAAAGAUCCCGCCUCGUCAGCACUGCGGUCUUUCUGAUGUCGCUAAGCAGAGCACCUUUUCUUCUCAUUGCAAUAAUUUUCUGCCACGACUCCGUCUUCCUCCCGCCUCUGAUGGAGGCACAUCGUCUGGAUUUCCUACUGAGCCUGAUCUGCAUCUGGAAUCAGAUUCUACCUCACCACGUGCACGCAACACUUCGCCACGCGAACGCAACAUUUCGCCAGGUGCACGCAACGUCGUUCCAGCUGAACUUGCUCUACCUGAAACGCUUUCGUCUUCCCUUGACGACAGUACUUCACAACGUUCACAAGUGCGUUCUUCUAUUUCUCCUUUGAUCUCUGCAGUUUCUGUCCGGAAGUCUUCCGUUUGGUAUGAUGACUCUGUUCACACCUUUGUCGCCACGGCGACCACCAGGGAUGCCGCUGAUAAGUCGACACCUGCUGACACAACCCCGCCUCUUCUGCACAGUGGUUCUGUUGGUGUUGCUACGAAGCUCUCUGAUGGUCAUAAUGUCCAGUCUAAUCGGUUUCUCCCUCGCCUACGUCUACCUAAGGCGUCUGAUGAUGUCUCCUGGCGCGAAGUUGAUAAUUGGAUUAAAGUAAACGUCGUUCCUCUUGUCUUACAAACUCCCGAUGUCAAUUCCAAGUUUGCUCUUCUUCAUGGCAAUCUUUUCUCGUUUCUUAAGCGGCGUUUCGGCUGUCAAUCCACGUCCUCACGUAAACGUAAACGCGCUAACAAGCUAAAGUCACAGUCUACCGUUGACGAUCUACGUUGCGCUAAGAAUGAUCUGCGAAAGAAGUUCAGACAAGCCAAACGUGAUGGCGUGUCACCAGAUGUCAUUCUUCAUCUAGCCCGUCAAUUUCAUCAACUAGUGCGUCGACACAGCAAGCUGAAGUUUUCCCAAAACAAGCAACGUGUUAAGAAUUCUGCUGUAUCCGCCAACAAACGUUUCACGAAAAACUUUUGGAGAUUUGCUAAAGAUCUCUUCUCUGAUGAUGAUGUUUCUUCUGAGGAUGUCAGUCCAAACUUUUCUGUUCAAGUUGCCGACCAGUUCUUUCAGAACACUUACUCAAAGGGAUCCUCUGGACCUUCCUGUCCUUCUGAUGUUCCUACUCUAAAGAGCCCCAAAACCCAGUUUGACAUCAGACCAAUUUCUGCUAAUGAAGUUGCCCGUAAGAUCAAACAUUCACGAAACAGCUCAACUCCAAGUCCUCUCGAUGGUAUCUCUUACCUAGUGUUGAAGAAAUGUCCAUCACUCCUCCCAGCAUUGGUGGAUUUAUACAAUUGUUGCUGGUUAUCCUGUUCUGUGCCAUCUUUGUGGAAAACUGGUGUUAUUCGACUGAUUCCCAAGUCUGGUGCUGCAGCUGAUCCCACUACUCCUUCAAACUUUAGGCCAAUUGCUUUGACCCCUUGUAUUGGAAAGAUAUACACUUCAAUCCUGAAAGACAGAUGGUGCGACUUCCUGCUGAGUAAUGGUUUUCUGGAUACAUCAGUUCAAAAAGCCUUUUUGCCUGGUGUGUGUGGAACAGAUGAACAUCAUUUUAAAUUGUGGUCUCUCAUGGAAGAUGCUAGAAGGAAUCGUCGCUGUCUGUCUGUUUGCUGGUUGGACUUUGCAAAUGCGUACGGAUCCGUGCCUCACUGGUUGGUUCGAGAAAGCUUUGUUCUUCAUCAUGCGCCACUCCACUUACAGAAAGUGGUUAUGAAUCUUUAUUCAUCACUUCAGCUGCUGGUAUCUACAUCAGAAUGGUCCACCCCUUCUAUUCCAUGUCACAAAGGGGUAUUCCAAGGCGACCCUUUCUCGGUGAUAGUUUUCAAUACAGUGAUCAAUACUCUAGUUCUUCAAUUACAACAGUCUGCCCCAUCGAUUGGUUACAAGUUACAAAACACAGAGCAUAUUGUUAACACUCUUCUCUUUGCUGACGACUUAACUCUUCUCGCCAGAAAUUCCAAGAACCUACAAACCCUCUGCGACAUCGUGUCCAAGUGGUGUUGUUGGUCACAACUGUCCAUCAAGCCUUCAAAAUGUUCAUCGCUCAGUUUAUCGUUCAAGCCGUCUUACCAUGCCCGUGACCCUGCCGUUUCUGUUUCUGGUUCUUCAAUUCCAUUUCUUGGUGAGGACACCUUCAAGUUUUUGGGAAUGCCAGUAAAUGGGAAGUUGAGCACUGUGUCUUUCAAGGAAUCACUAAAGGCUAAAGUUCGUCAACUAAUGGAAAAAGUUGAUUCUUGUCUUCUUAGCUGUUGCCGAAAACUCAAGCUUUACAGUCAAGGAGUGUUUCCUAGGCUCGCUUGGUCACUGUCUUUAGUACCACUGGCUCCCAGUUGGGUUAGAACAGACGUGGACAGCAUAGUGACUUACUUCUUGAAGAAAUGGACGAAACUACCCAGAUCCGCAUGCACUGUUCGUUUAUAUUUGGAAAAGUCCAAAGGUGGUCUUGGCCUUCCUUGUCUUUCGCACUGCUCCUCAAAAUUUCAGGCAUCUAAAUCUGCUCGUUUUUUGACCUCAUCUGAUAACACAAUCCGGUACCUGGCAACAAAAGCUGCUGUGAAUGGGUUUCACCCUGAGAGAUUUUCUUCAGUUAGAGAAGGACUUGUUUCUUUAUCAGACUCACCUGGACUGUCAGGCUCGUCGCUUGGUGAAAAGACCAAAAACAGACUUGACAAGAACUUUCAGCAGCAUCUUCUGGAGACACUACAGAGCCGCAAAGUGCAAGGAGCGACAAGCCGGAUUGACAAUUCUGCGCCAGAUUUAUGGUCAAAAGUUGUUUACAGUUUAACAUCAGAACAUUUCUCUUUCAUUCUAAAUGCUGUCUCGGAGUCAUUACCAACGAAUGCCAAUCUUCUACUAGCACAUUGGAGGUUAGAAAAAAAAAUUUAUGCUGCUGUGAAUGGUGUCAUUAGCCGACUUGGUGGAAGUUGUCCAAAAGAUAGCGUAUGGAUGACAAUCAUGGAAAGGCAACUAUUUCCAGUUCUUGCCUAUGGAAGUCAUUUGUGGAAUUUUGAACGAAGUAUAGUAGAGACGUCUAUUAACACAGCGUAUCGAAAAGGUAUUCGUCGUGGGCUUGGUAUGAGACAAAGAGACUCUAUAGUGGAAAGAAUUCCAGACUUUGUUGAGGCAUCUCUUAAGAUGAAAAUGCUACAGACUAAAUUUCUUAAGGCCGCGGUCACACUACAUUCACAUUACGCUUACAUUAGAGGUUACAUUUCCAUUUGA